UUUUUGUUUGAUAUUUUCUGAGCGAUGCAGCAGCCUUCCUCUCACUCUGGAGGCGCGCCGUACUAUCCGCCGCCACCGAAUCAGCCAAUGCAUCCAGGACACUAUCCUCAGCAUCAUGCGCAUCCACAACAUGCACAGCAGUAUCCGCACCAUGCUCAAUACGCGCAGUAUCCGCCACAACCCGGCUACGACUAUCAGCACCACUCCCACCACUCCCACCAGCCACACCAUCAACACCAUCAACACCACCCCCAACACCACCAGUACCAAGCACACUAUGGCGGUGGCAGCAUUGGCGGUGGCAAUCCAAGCGGCUCUUGGCCGCCAGCAGGCGAUCCGAACGCGCGCCAUCCACACCAUGCUCACCCACACCCGCAGCAGCAGCAGCAGCAGCAGCAGCAGCAGUCAUACAACAUGGCAGAUCAGAGCCAAAUGGCGCAUCCUGACCAGCAUCACCACCAGCACCAUUACCCGAUGGCUCCUCCUCCUGCUCCUCCUCAAUCUUGCACGUCGUCUCAGUACCAUCCCACUCAACCAGUCGCAGCAGCACGUCCUCCUCCAGCGCCACCGCUGGACUUUUCAAAAUUGUCAGAGUUCAUCCGUGCGCUGCACCUGCAGAUUACCGACACGAUUAUCGCGGACGCGCGAGAAUGGGUUUUGGCCAACGUACACAGUCCUUCUGAGAUGGACGCAAUCGCAACUUUCUUCGUGGCUGCCAUCACGUCAAAGUCAGCGCCGUUGGAGCUCAAAAUCAAGCUGCUCUAUCUAGUGACGGAUUUGUUUCACCAUGCGUCUCAGCGAAGCAUGUUUGGACUCAUUGACGCAUUCGACGCACACAUGGGCUCUCUGUUCCGGCAUAUUGCAGAUACCCCUCUCAAGCAGGAGGCGUACCAGCAACUGGUGACUCUUUUGGGGUUUUGGCGGCACAAUCAAUUCCUCUCGCCGCAGCGGUUUGCGGAGGUCGACACAAUCAUGCACACCAUUUCCCCGGUGCGACUUUCCAUCCAUGAUCUUGAGAACGCCUCAGCCUACCACCGGCUUCCAGCUGGCCUGAUGGUGCCUUUGGUCAAGCCGAGCGAUCAAGAUUACGCUUCAAUUCAACCUCGCGACAUUGUGCCACUUUCUGGCCUUGGAGAGCCUUCCGACGAGAUGCAGGCCGCGCUGUCACGCUUUUACACACCCGAUGAGCAGCGCUUGGAUGAUCAGGGAUGGGAGCGCGGCGUGCUGUCCGCUUUUUACGACAAGAAGCGCGCCAAUGCUCCUGCGCCGUCUUCUGCUUCUUCCACUUCCCGGUCUCGCCGGCGGUGACCCCCCCUUUUUUUUUGUGUUUUCAUCAUGUUCCUGUCUGCACAAUUAUUCAAGCGUCACAUCACACUCCAACUCUCAGUCCUU